AUGGAUAACCCAAUCCCCGAUGCAGUGGAACCCAUUGCUGUCGUCGGGAUGGGCUGUCGGUUCCCCGGCAGCGGCACCUCGCCUUCAGAACUAUGGCGAAUGCUCUGUCGUGGCGAGAGCGCCUGGUCUGAGAUUCCUCAGAGUCGCAUGAAUGUUUCGAGCUAUUUCCACCCGAGCGGAAAUCGCCAGGGCACCGUCCCCUUCCAGGCCGCUCAUUUUCUGAAUGAAGAUAUCGCUGCAUUUGACAGCUCGUUCUUCUCUAUCCCGGCUGACGAAGCCAGAGCUAUAGAUCCGCAGCAGCGUAUUCUCCUCGAGGUUGCAGUGGAAGCUCUCGACAGCGCUGGCAUUGACCGCGAAGCUAUCAAAAAGAGCGAUACGGGUGUUUGGAUUGGCUCCUUCGUAAAGGACUAUGAGCAGAUUGUCUUGCGAGACCCUGAUGACUCGCCCAAGUAUGGAGCGACAGGGAAUGGGAUUGCAAUCUUGUCGAAUCGUAUCUCGUUCUUCUUGGACAUUAGUGGCCCAAGUAUGACAAUCGACACUGGAUGCAGCGCCAGUCUGGUUUGCGUGCACAAUGCUUGCCAAAGCCUACGUAACCGCGAAAUUGAUAUGGGCCUUGCUGGCGGUGUAGGAUUAAUCCUGACGCCCAACACUAUGAUGCCAAUGACCGCUCUCAACUUCUUGAGUCCAGAUGGCAAAUGUUACACGUUUGAUGCGCGUGCUAAUGGCUAUGGCCGUGGCGAAGGGAUCGGCGUUGUGGUCCUGAAACGUCUCCAAGAUGCUAUUCGAGAUAACGAUUGUAUUCGUGCAGUGAUUCGUGGCUCAAGCGUGAACCAAGACGGCCGUACGCCUGGUAUUACUCUACCUAGUGCGGAGGCUCAGCUUCGCAAUAUCCGGUCCGUGUACAAGCGCGCUGGCCUCCCUGUGAGCGACACCGCCUACGUUGAAUGCCACGGCACCGGAACACAGGCAGGUGACUGGAGAGAGUUGAAGGCAGUUUCGGAUGCAUUCUGCGCAGAAAAUGUCCCCGAUCACCCGAUUUACGUUGGAUCAAUUAAAACCAACAUUGGCCACCUUGAAGGGUGUGCUGGAAUCGCUGGACUAAUCAAGGGAGUUCUGACCAUCGAAAAUGGUAUGAUUCCGAAGCACCUUAACUUCGAACCGCCUGGCAAUCCUGCUAUUGAUUUUGAUAGUUGGAAGAUUAAGAUCCCAAUCGCAAAUACCCCUUGGCCGGUUGAGGGACUCAGGCGCGCGAGUGUCAACUGCUUCGGUUUUGGCGGAACCAAUGCCCACGUUAUUAUGGACGAUGCCGCUUCUUAUUUGGCUCGGAGAGGACUUCCGGCAUAUCACAAUACCACAAUCCUGGAGAAUGCUCCAGACUCUUCGGCGCUACAGUCGUCUAAGGAUAUGCCUCUCUUUAACAGUGCGCUGCAUCGGCUUACAGAGGCAGACAAGAAGAUAAAAAGUGGAUCGCGGACUCAUCUGUUCGUCUUCUCUGCACAUGAGCAGAAGGUGUUGUCUAGGAUGCUCAAGGGUUACGCGUCCUAUAUUGGGGAAAAAGUCGACCAUAUGCCUCUGAAUUUUAUGGAGGAUCUUGCGUACACGCUCGGUUGCCGUCGCACAAAACUGCAAUGGAGGACCUCAAUCGUUGCACGGUCUCCCGAGGAGCUAGUUAUGAAGCUGGGCGAUAUGCAGCCUAGAGAUUUCACUAGAGCAUCCAAAGAUGAAACUAUCAAAGUGGCACUCAUAUUUGGUGGCCAAGGAGCACAGUGGUUUGCUAUGGGAAGGGAGCUGUUGGGUUUCGGGAUAUUCUUCCAAUCGAUCGCUGACGCCACUUCAUAUCUCAAAAACGAUAUGAAGUGUUCUUUUGAUAUUCUCGAAGAACUCAUCAGGGAUGAGGAGUCCUCUCGAGUUAAUCGACCUGAUAUAUCCCAACCAGCAACCACAGCGAUACAGGUAGCACUCGUUGACCUACUCACUUCAUAUUUUGGGGUCAGUCCAAGCUCUGUCUGCGGCCAUUCAUCUGGCGAAAUUGCUGCUGCAUACGCGCUGGGGGCGCUCUCGCGAGAAGAUGCCUGGGAGUUGGCCUUUCACAGGGGGCGAUGCGCUGAAGCCUUGCAGCAUUCAAAAGAUGAAAAUAUCAUGGAGGGUAGCAUGCUUGCUGUUGGCCUCUCGGCUUCCGAGGUGCAGGCUUAUAUGCAUGUUGAUGACAACCGGAGAGUUGUAGUGGCAUGUAUCAACAGCCCGAAUUCGGUGACGCUGUCUGGUGAUAAGGAUAUAAUCCUUCAAGUUCAGGCAAAUCUCCAAGCCGCCGGUAUUUUCAACCGAAUACUCCUCGUAGGGGUCGCAUAUCACUCACACCAUAUGAAGUACUGCGAGGAUAGCUACCUUGGGUCCAUUGCGCAUAUUAAGCCGGAGCGCCCAGGUCGCAGGGUAGUCCGAUAUCCUCACAGCCAAUAUGGAAUGGCUAGAACCAAUGGACUCCAUCAAGGAGCAGAACUAAAAGAUUCGUCUUCUGAAAGUCUGCCACCUACUAUGUACUCGUCUGUGACAGGGCACGCCAUUAGUUGGGAGCAGCUCCACCCGGAGUAUUGGGUGAGAAAUAUGGUCUCCCCGGUUCGCUUUUCAGACGCCAUGCAUCAAAUGGUGAGCGCAGAAGGUGAUGGGAAGCCGAACAUAAUUAUUGAAUGCAGUCCACAUUCUUCACUCCAGGGUCCGAUCAGACAGAUUCUUGACGCCGAGGAGAAGCUUACACAGCAGCCAUCUUACUCAUCCGCGCUUCACAGGGGUAAAGAUGCUGCUGUAUCCGUGCUCGAAAUGGCUGGAAAGCUCUGGAGUCUUGGCUGUGAUGUAGCCAUGCCCUGGGUAGUUAUGAGGGAUAUACGACCAUCGUUACCUAGACUGCUCAUAGAUCUCCCCAAGUACCCUUGGAACCACGACAAUACAUAUUGGUACGAGUCUCAUCUAUCACGAGCUAAUCGUUUCCAAGUUCAUGGGAGAUAUGACCUGAUUGGCCGGCCGACGAUGGAUUCGAUUCCUUCCCAUCCUCGAUGGCGUGGCUUCUUCCGCAUCUCGGAGAACCCCUGGAUUCAAGAUCAUCAAGUACAAAAGACGAUUAUCUAUCCCGCCGGCGGUAUGAUAACCAUGGUGCUUGAAGCAGCUAAGCAGGUGGCCUCAGAAAAUGUAUCCGGCAUUGAGAUCACGCAGUUUAGCAUACAGAAAGCCAUGAUUAUUCCUGGGACUCUACAUGGGUUAGAGUAUGUCCUAAAUCUGAAUAAGCGCGCCGAUCAAACUGCCGUAACUUCUGCCUGGAGUGCUGGAUCCUCGCUUGCGCCCGUUACGCCUGCGACUUUCGAGUUUUCUAUAUGCUCGAAACAGCUGGACGGACCGUGGGAGGAACAUGGCAAGGGGUUUGUCACGAUCCACUACCGCCAACCCGCCGGAGGAGCAAGAGUUGAGCACCAGAACCUUCGAGAUAGACUUCUCCAAACUGAUCGUUAUUACCAAGCAUACCUUGACGCUAAGAAUAAUUGCGACGAGUUAGUCGCCCCAAGGCAAUUAUACGAGACCCUCGAUGUCAUUGGAAUGAACUAUGGCCCGCUAUUUCGGAAUAUCAGUUCUCUUUUCAGGAGGGAGAACUUCUGCGUUAGCACUAUUCGUAUCCCAGACACUAAGUCCGUCAUGCCUGCGAACUUCGAGUAUCCUCACAUAAUUCACCCGGCGACUCUCGAUGCCAUUUUCCAGACGGCUUUCGCCAUUGACAGCGAGCCCAUGGUCCCUUCCUUAGUCGGCAGUUUGUAUAUAUCGGCUGAAUCCCAUGCCCUCUCGGAGAUUGGCAAGGAUCUCGUUGUCCAUACUCAGGCUGUCCGCCAGGGGCUACGUGGUGCAUCUGCGUCACUCACUGUAUCAGACAGUUCAUGGUCGGACGAAUUCGCGCCAAGGAGCCCUCCACUCAUCAUAAUUAAAGACCUGAAUUUCACAGCGUUGAUCCCCAACCCCGCGAGUAUUGAAAAUGUCUUUCUUUCGAACCAUCGCAAUCUUUGUUCUGAGAUUGCAUGGGAGACACUAGAUCCCUUAUUAGACUCAGAAAGAAUAAACGACCUUGUUGAAGAUGACAAAUGGCUUACUGAGUAUAAGAACAGUAUCCUUGUCCUGGUUCCUGAGAUUACCGGACACGGAAUUGAGGAGCUCUGCACACGACUUGCGUUGGAAUUGAACUGUGAUUUACGAACAUUAACCAGCAUCAAAGAGGGUGAAGCCUUGCCAGAAUUCUGCAUCUCUCUCGUGGAGGCUGAUGGCCACUCGUUGAUUUGGAGUUGGGAAGAACGGGACUUCCUCGCAUUUCACAGAGUCGUUACUGCUACAAAAGGGAUACUUUGGGUCACUCGUGCAUCACAAUUAGAGGCCGAGAACCCUCAAUCCUGCCUCGUUCAGGCCUUGGGCCGAACCAUACAAUCGGAAUACCCUAGGAAAAAACUAGUCUCGUUUGAUAUCGAAGCUAGCAUGAAUAUCUUCCACGGGUCGGUAUCUUCAUCGUUGUCUCGGACGAUCAUCAAUUUGUUCAAGAGAUCCUUCAUUAAGCCACAGUUAACAAGGCCAAUGGAGACAGAAUAUAUCGAGCGAAAGGGGCAGAUCAUGGUGCCGAGGCUAGUUCCGGUGAGCUCCCUCAAUUCGAUGAUCGAGCGUGGCGCUGCACCGGCUGCACCGGCCCUGCAACUCAUGCCUGCCCCGCACGUAAGACCCAUGAAGCUUGAGAUUGGAGAAAUAGGUGACGUGGGAAGCUUAUACUGGUGUGACGACCCCGAUGCCCACCUUCCCGUCGGUUUCGACGAAGUAAGGGUCAGAGUCAUAUCAACUAUGCUCAGUGACCUGGAUAAUGAUAUAUUGCGGGGGCGGGCGCGUAAUCGGCCUCUGGGAACUGACGUGCGAGGUGUGGUUGAAGAAGUCGGUAGUGAUGUUAAAUCCGUCGCGCCCGGCGACCACGUCUUAGGAAUUGCCCGUGGAUCUUUGCGAGAUUACAUCAAGUGUCAUCAUCGACUCGUGCAUAAAAUACCAGACGACGAAUCCCAGCCUGGCUGUCCCUAUUUGCCAACAUGCUUUUCUGUUGCUAGAUACGCGCUUGGUAAACUCAAGACUGGGGAUACUGUCCUGAUCCAUGCUGGUGCGGGACUGUUAGGCCAAGCUGCGAUCCAGGUCGCCAAGGCUGCUGCGGCGGUGAUAUUUGCUACUGCAGAAACUAAUUAUCAGCGUGGCAUACUCAACCAUUUUUGCGAACUUCCAGAGGAUCACAUCCUCGAGGCGAAAGCGGACGCCCUAGUGGACGUUAUAUUGCACCUAACGGAUAAUGAGGGUGUGGAUUUCGUCUAUGAUCCAGUCGCACGCAGUCGAGAUUCGAAUCUCGUAUGUAUCAAAGAAGGGGGGCAGGUUUUCGGUUUUGCCCAUAAGCCUGAUAGAAAGGACCUGGCGAUAAGUCAACCGGAGGUCAACGGUAAAACGUUCAGCUGCACUGUGCUGAACAUACCACAUCUUGUGGAGAACGAACCGCAUCGGCUUGGUGAAGCAUUAGAAUUUGCUUGCCGGAAACUCUUAUCUGGACACUUUCAGAUCUGGGAUCCCCAUCCUCAACGCGCAUACGACUACUCCAGCCUGACGGAUGCGUUCAUGAUUUUGGACUCGGACGAAAAUGGCGCCCAGAUAUGUUGCCGGCGAGCUACAUCGAAGCCCGUUCCAAUUCUGGUUCGGUCGCCUCGUCCUACGAGCGAUUAUCUACACGGAGAUGCCACUUAUAUCCUCUCUGGUGGCCUCGGUGGCCUCGGUGUCGAGAUUGCUAAGCUGCUAGCAAUUAAUGGAGUAAAAUAUGUUGCUUUCUUGUCACGGUCUGGCGCGACAGGUGAUUUGGCCAAGUCUUGCCUCGACUUCCUUCGUAAUAGAGGGGUUAAGGCCCAAGCUUACAAAGUGGACAUUUGUGAUAGCGAAGCUCUCAAGGAGACAUAUGACAAGAUCCAGCAGUCUAUGCCCCCUGUGAAAGGAAUCUUUCAAUGCGCUGCUGUCCUACGCGACUCGGUCUUUGACAAUAUGACGUAUGAAGACUGGCAGACAGCUACGAGACCCAAGACGCUUGGCUCCUGGAACAUUUAUCAAAUCUUCGGUAAUGGCUUGGAUUUCUUCGUCUUCCUAUCCAGUUCAGCAGGCGUCAUUGGGAACCGUGGCCAAGCCAACUACGCCGCGGGCAAUGCAUUCCAGGACUCGUUGGCCAGACACAUAAAUACGAGAAGCGAUGGCAAGAUGCAUUCCGUGUCUAUUGAUCUGGGUCCGGUCCUCGAAGCGGGUAUGCUUGCUGACGACCCCCGAACAUUGGACAUACUCAAGGCCAGUGGCUUCUUCGGAAUAAGGCUUCAGGACUUCAAGCGUAUAGUUGAGUGCGCAAUUAGGGGCCGCAUGGAAGAUGGCAAGGAAAUGCCCGCGCAGGUGGUCACGGGGGUAGGAACUGGCGGCUUGACGAGACAAAAUAAACCGGCAGACCCAUAUUGGACGCGAACAGCUCUGUUCACUCAUCUCAACCAGGUAGACAUGCCGGUAGGUUCGGAUCCAGAUUCGGUGGAGGCAGACUUGCAAGAGACGAUGCGUAGACGGCUGGCGCAGGCGGUGGACGUGGAGCAGGCGAAAGAAAUCGUUAGCAAAGGGCUAAGAGUGAUGCUCUCAAAGAGCAUGAACAUGGAUUCGUCGGACGUGGAUGAAUCAAAGCCGCCUAGUACGUAUGGUGUGGACUCGCUGGUGGCGGUGGGGGUACGCAACUGGGUUUCUAGGGAGUGCGAGGCGGAUGUGAGCAUCUUCGAGGUGCUCAGUGAGACGAGCAUCAGAGAGCUCAGCGCUAUGAUAGUGGAGAGAAGAGGAGAGGCGUAG